AUGAGGCCAGAAGAUAUUGAUUCAGUCAUAUCAGCAGAGAUUCCUAAUAAAAAUGUUGAUCCAAAUUUGCAUGCAAUAAUUACUAAACAUAUGAUACAUGGACCUUGCGGAGUUUUCAACGAUAGCUCGACCUGUAUGAUUGACGGCAAGUGCUCUAAACGAUACCCGAGAAAUCUAACUGCUGAAACCAUUACUGGAAAUGACGGUUAUCCGCUGUAUCGAAGGCAAUCAGUUGCGGAUGGUGGGCAAUAUGUAGUUGUGAAGGUAAAAGGACGAGAUUUAUAUGUUGACAACCGAUGGAUUGUGCCGUACUCCCCGAUAUUAUCCAAAACUUUUCAAGCACACAUCAAUGUAGAAUUUUGUAACUCUGUCAAAUCAAUAAAAUAUAUAUGCAAAUAUAUUAACAAAGGUAGUGACAUGGCCAUGUUCGCUGUUGCUAAAACAAAUGAUGAAGUUUCUGAGUAUCAGAUGGGUCGCUACGUAAGUAGCAAUGAAGCAAUUUGGAGAAUUUUUUCUUUCCCAAUACAUGAAAGACACCCUUCUGUAGUCCAUUUGGCAGUCCAUUUAGAAAAUGGACAAAGAGUAUAUUUUAACCCCGUUAAUGCCGUUGAUAGAGCGGCGCAUCCACCUCCAACAACAUUAACAAGUUUCUUUUCAAUUUGCCAAAGAGAUGAUUUUGCCCGUACUUUGAUGUAUGCUGAUAUGCCGCGCUAUUACACAUGGAACGCAUCAUCAAAGUCGUUUCAACGUCGUAAAAAAGGAACACCGGUUGAAGGAUAUCCAAAUAUAUUUGCUACAGAUGCUAUAGGGCGCAUUUAUACAGUACAUCCAAAUAAUGAUGAAUGUUACUACCUUAGGUUAUUGCUGGUUAAUGUUCCUGGACCGACAUCAUUUCAGCAAUUGAAAACAGUUGAUGGACAUCUUUGUGCGACUUACCGUGAAGCAUGUCACAUGUUGCAGUUGCUCGAAGACGAUUCGCAUUGGGAUAAUACGCUCAAGGAUGCCAUAAUAUCCUCAUCUCCGCAUCAAGUGCGUACAUUGUUUGCGAUUAUAAUUUCAACAUGUUUUCCCUCAAAUCCGAAAGAUUUGUGGAUCAAAUAUAGAGAUGACAUGUCUGAGGAUAUUUUACAUAGUGCGCGUUGUCAAACAUUCAAUCCAGCACUACAAAUUACUGCAGAAAUUUAUAAUAAAACUUUGAUCAUGAUAGAGGAUAUGUGUUUAUUGAUGGCGAAUAAAAUAUUAUCAUGUUUGGGCCUAACAGCACCAAACCGUUGUGUAGAAGAUGCAUUUAACCAUGAGUUAAGAAGAGAGCAACAGUAUGAUAUUAAAACAUUGACUGAAAUAGUUCGCACAACUGUUCCAAAGUUGAAUGAUCAUCAAAGGAUUGUAUAUGAUGAUUUGAUACAAGCAGUGAACAGUGGAUCCGGAGGGAUUUUUUUUCUUGAUGCUCCUGGUGGUACUGGCAAAACAUUCCUGUUAUCAUUGCUAUUGGCAAAGAUCAGAUCGCAAAAUGACGUAGCUCUAGCAUUGGCAUCAUCAGGAAUUGCAGCAACAUUGUUAGAAGGCGGACGAACUGCACAUUCAGCAUUGAAGUUACCUCUUAAUAUGCAAAUCAAUGAAACACCAGUUUGCAACAUCAGAAAAACUAGCGCCAUGGCCAAGAUACUUCAGACAUGCAAAUUGAUUAUCAGGGACGAAUGUACAAUGGCUCACAAGAGGUCACUGGAAGCACUGGACAGAACACUGAAAGAUUUGCGUGACAAUCAAAAUAUAUUUGGUGGAGCAAUGAUUUUGUUGUCAGGUGAUUUUCGCCAAACUCUUCCAGUUAUACCGCGAUCAACUGUUGCUGACGAACUAAACGCAAGCCUAAAAUCAUCAAAUUUGUGGCGUCAUGUUAAGAAACUGCAGUUAACAACGAACAUGCGAGUGGUUUUGCAACAAGAUGAAACAGCAAAAGUGUUUUCAAAGCAGUUACUAAAUAUUGGAAAUGGUAAUGUCGCAGUUGAUGCCUCGAGCGGGUUAAUCACAUUUCCCGCAGAUUUUUGUAGCUUCACAAACACAAAGGAGGAGCUUAUUCACUGCGUAUUUCCAAAUAUAAACCAACAAUUUCACGAUCUCAAUUGGCUGAGCGAACGAGCGAUAUUGGCGGCAAAAAAUAAAGAUGUCGACGAUCUCAAUGCAACAAUACAAAGUUCACUUCCAGGGGAAUGCAUUACUUAUAAAUCUGUAGACACCGCUACAAAUCAGGAUGAUAUACUGAACUAUCCUACAGAAUUUCUAAAUUCAUUAAAAUUGCCUGGGCUGCCACCACAUAAUUUACAAUUGAAAGUAGGAUCAGUUGUCAUCAUGCUACGUAAUUUAAAUCAACCCAUACUAUGCAAUGGAACAAGAUUGGUUGUAAAAAAGCUAAUGAAUAAUGUAAUUGUGGCAAAAAUAAUUAAAGGUAAAUACAAGGGACAAGAUGUAUUGAUCCCGCGAAUUCCCAUGAUCCCAACGGAUUUACCAUUUGAUUUCAGGCGUUUACAAUUUCCAAUACGCCUCGCUUUUGCAAUGAGCAUCAACAAAUCGCAAGGACAGUCGCUGCAGGUUUGCGGUAUCAACUUAGAGUUUCUAUGUUUCGCACACGGCCAAUUAUACGUUGCGUGUUCGCGCGUCGGGAAACCAUCAUCCUUAUUCAUUUACGCACCGCAAAAAAAGACCAAAAAGCUUUAUAUUGAGUCCAAAACAUUCGAUUCAUAA